AUGGCGACCAUAGCAAGUUCUAUUAGAGAUCUCAGUAGCGUUGAGAAGAUUUUUCACAAGGAAGUCUACACCAGUAGAAGAAAUGGUAUUGUGUUUGCUGUAAAUUAUUCGAGCAAUAAGUGUGAAUCGGAGAGAUGGUCUGACGAUAUUACUUUGUCUAACUUAAGAGACUCGCGACUAUUUGAUGGUCAAAUUUCGAAUGCAUUGGAGGCGAUGAUUAAAGAAAACGUGGAACUAUGUGUCACGAUUACAGAUGAUAGGAAAUUUGCGCCCACUGAGAUUAUCAGAUACGAUGAUGUCGUUAUACAUAUUGAAUUCAAAACGUAUAAAGAUGAACUUAUUGAAUGUCAAAACGGUAUUCCGCCUUAUAUUCUAAGGAACAUUCUUGAAAAUAACAAGUUUGAAUUCGGUAGGCCACUAUGGGAAUUGAUUAUUGUUGAUUAUACGAUGGUAAUAUUGCACUGCCAUGAGGUGAUGUUUGAUUUGUUUGCAGCAGCCAAUUUCCACUUGAAAUUUCAAAAAGCUUUAAGUCAAUUUCCUAAGGAUACCCACGCGCUCGAUAUCCUAUUUGUAUACGAGGGAAAUGAGCUGCAGUUAUCAAAGACAAACUUUGAUGGGAUGUCACAGAUCUCCGUUAGUCCUGUGCAAUCUUUGCCUUUACAAUGUAUUAGUGUUUUAAAGGGAGCAUACAGAACUACGGUCAAGAAGUCAUUGAAUGUGAUUCGCCGCAAUUUUGUAGCGAAUAACCAAAUUACCACAUAUGAGUCAAGUAAGUCGGAUGUGUUUAAAUCUAUGUUUAAUCCAAACACUUUAUGUGGUACUACUGUAUCUGGAUCCCUAAACGCAGAACGGCUAGCCUCUCUCCUGGAACUAACAUCCAGUGAGAAUGUUUGCAUGACGAGCGUAUUGUGCGCGAUUACAUUGCUAUCGUUGAAGCCUUUAAUUAGGAAGUUUAAUGGUAGCAUAACCUUCGUAGUCCCAAUAGACAUACGAGAAAAGUUGGAGAUAUUUGAUUUAGGGGUAUCAUACACUAAUCUUAUGGUUGAAUGUCCACUCUCAUUCAUCAAUGACAAAGAUUUUCAGCAUACCGUUUCCGAUGGAAAUAUUAAGAGUUUGCAUAAGAUAGACCCAAAUAGUCCAGACUAUCCUGAAAUGUUACUAGAAUAUCAAUUCAAACAAUUAACUUCACAUGUAAUGAACUCUCUGAAAGAGAAAAAACAGGCAUGGCAGAAACGGAGGUUUGAUAUGAGCUCUUUAAAGGGGAAAAAGUUACGUAGAUCUAAUAAAAUUAUUAGAGGAAAAUUUAUUGAGAUCAACUUGGUUGAUAUGGGUGAAGCCCAAGAUGGACAAUUUCAUACAAAAAAUGUUAAUUUCACAAGCAGUUUGGGGUCGAAGUGUUUGAUCUCUGUAUCAUGUGCAAUUUUAAGAGGUGUUGGGAUGAAUAUUUUUAUGCAUUACCCAGAAUCUAACGAUAUGGAUGCCUUUGUAGAAUGUUUCCAGAUACUUUUAGAAGAUUUGGCGAAGAAAUGA